CGGUCUGUUACCAAGACAUCACUAACAGUUUACAAAUAUGUCCACUUUAUAAUCUGAAGUGGAUCUAAUGGCUAACGUAGUAGAUGUUUUCUUUUUGUCGCCCAGUUCAUUCCGUCUCCUGUGUGUUCUGCUGUUCAUUUCCCUCUCUGACACUCAAACACUUGUAUUUCGGCCGCCCUAUGUAACUGCAACUGGACCCACGGUUUCAGCACUUUUACUUGGAAAUGCGUCGGAAAUAUCUCUGAAUUUGCGGACAGUAUUACCCUCAAACACAACAGGUCGCUUUGGUCCUCCAUCAUGUUUACCUGGGGUAACACAGUGGAAACUUACAACGGAGCCGAUGGGAAAGACUGCCAUUCAGGUCCAGCUACGACUUAAUAGAAGUCUGCGUUUGUGUGGGGACAAUGAGACAGACACAGACUGUUGUAUAAAGCCACUGUGUGUUCUGGAGACCCUUCAGGUGUCUGCAUGUGUGGGCAGUACAUCCCUGGCAUCAUUACUUAUCCAGGCCGAGAUAUAUGCCCAGUUGUUUCCUGCUAACGAUGGAUUUGAUAAUAAAACCAUCAUUCCAAACCAAGUGUACCAGCCACUGGGUUCCUGUCCUUGUGAUCUCACAUUCAGAGCUUGUGAUGUGAGAUGUUGCUGUGAUAAGGAUUGUUCUACUGAGGACUUGAAGCUGUUCCAGGCCCAUUGUCUCCCAGGGCCCUUUGGUGGACAGGUUACUCCCCCUCCGGACUAUCAGUGUUCUGUCCAAUCCUCUGAAAACUCCCCAGAUUGGUUUCCUUUUCUAUGUGUCACCUCUCCACCUGAAAAUAAUCCUUACCUUGGGUUGUUUUACCAAGGAGACACAAUUACGCCAAAGCCUGGCCCAUCCUUUGGAAGCCCUGUUUUGUCAGCACCAGUACCAACAAACGCGUACAUGGAAGGAAGUCCCAUUUUGACAAUAAAUGACGAGUACUUUACUGUUCCCCAGAAAAUUAAUGGCCGAUGUGUGAACAAUGCUCCUGUUGCCUUUUUGAAAAACUUUGAUGUUGAGUGCAUCACCCUGUUGCGCUCCUGUCCCACUGGAUCUCCCCUGCAGACAGUACCAACAGAUUUGAUGAUAACCAUCAAUGGUGGGGAAGGGGAUGAUGUUCCAGUUGAUGUAAGUGAUGAAGUUGCCACCGACUUGAGACAGUUUAUUUCAAGCACCGGGGUUCUUGGUUCUUCAGUAGGACAGGUAUGUGAAAAUAUGACCUUGGCCUUGGAUUACAAAUUCUACUGGAGAGGAAAUGGCAUUACACAGACCACAUUAACACGCACUGUUGGAACUGUCACUCUGAAUGAUAGUGCAGUGGCAGUAACUACAAGGUAUUCUGCUGUGUUUCUAAAUGGAGAAUUCAUGGGUGAGCCCAACUCAGGGAACCCAGGAUAUCAGGUGGGAAAGCCUGUUAUUGGUGGAAUCAUGGAUUCUUUCGUGGAGAAUAAUACAGACUCAAUACAAAGGACAUCAAUCAACCUUUGGAGACCAGUGAAUAAUGGACUCUGCUCCACUGCUGAGAAGAAACCCAUUCUUUUUGGUGAGAAUUCGACAUCAGGAUGUCUGCUACCUGUCAGCCAGCAGAAUCUCACUCAGUGUGACCUUCUGAGAGAGGCUGUAACUUCUCUUCAGAGAGCUUUGGUUGAAGCCACAUAUGUAUCUAAAAAUGGACGACCAGAUGCUCUAACAAUGACAGACUGGGUUAAUAUAAGCUUUGGAAGCCUGAACUCAAGCAUGCCCAAGGAAGACACAAAUAGUUCAUGCAGUGAUAUUCCAUCCCAUCUGCACAUCCAUGUUUUGAGUCUUGUCACUGGUGUAGUAGAUGGCGUUCCUCAAAAGUAUAUCAGAUCUGUACAAAUUAGUCACAGUAUGUCCAGCUGGAGACUGGAGUGUGGAGGGGGGGACAUCUCUGUGUGUGUCGACCCAACAGAGACCCAGCUGUUCCCCAUCACCUCCUCAGUCACCUUCACUGACAUUCUCCUCAACACAGGACCACCAAAAACCAGGUUUCAGAUCAACUUCACAGAGUAUGACUGUAACAGGAAUGACAUCUGUUGGCCUGAACUUGCCUUCCCUAUGACAAAGUUUUAUACAGGUGAGCCAUAUUCUCAGUCACUGGCUAAAGGCCUUAUUUUGGUUUUCUUCUUUAUUGCUGCUUCGGUUCUUGGAACUCCAUGGAGACAAAUCAGACAGGUGUGGAAUUCACUGUAAAACCCAAACACUUGCUGGAAAUGCAGCAGACGAUAUAAGCGGAAGGAUAAAAGGAGAGUGGGGCAUCACUGAUUUUUUUUUUUUUUUUAAAUUAGUAGGCAAUGUUUAUAUUAUUAAUUAUUUCUGGUAAGCUUGUGUAAAUACUCGUGUUGGUACAAACUUUUGUAAAGAAUAAAUAUUUUUUCUACCA